AGUAAUGGUCGGACACAGUCCCCUCAACCCCAAGCAAUAUGAGGUGUUAAAGAUUGUAAUCACUUUAUUUUCUUCUCUCUGUCAUGUAGCUUACUGCCUGUCAACCACUGACAUACCUGUCACCACAGCUCAGCCCUCGUGUCAGUACAACUGUGGCUGGUAUAUGGGAAGCUGCUCCUGCUCAAGCUCUUGUCAAUACAAUGGAAACUGUUGUUAUGACUACCACUCUUACUGCCUGUCAACCACUGACAUACCUGUCACCACAGCUCAGCCCUCGUGUCAGUACAACUGUGGCCGGUAUAUGGGAAGCUGCUCCUGCUCAAGCUCUUGUCAAUACAAUGGAAAUUGUUGUUAUGACUACUACUCCUACUGCCAAGUCACGACUGACAUGCCAACCACAGCAGGCCCGUGUGGAGGCUCUCUUUUUGGCUCUGGCACCUUCUCCAGCCCGAACCACCCCUACUAUUACUACGACAACGCCUACUGUGUCUGGCAGCUGAGAGCUGCAUUUGACCAAAGAAUCUUCCUGUCGUUCACGUACCUGCAAUUGGAGAACUGCUGUUCCUGUGACUACAUUUCAGUCUACGAUGGGCCAUCUGUUAGCUCACGAUAUCUGGGGAAAGUGUGCAACACAAGUCUGAAUUCUUUCUACUCAUCCUCCAACUACAUGACGGUGCUCUUCCGGACUGAUGGUUCUGUGGUAGGACGAGGGUUCAGUGCAGACUUCAUAAGCUCUCUGCCACCAAGUUCAGGUAGAGUAGACUGCUCCUCAGACAACAUGAACAUUGUGAUUGAGAGGACUUAUCUGAAUUCUCUCGGCUACGACGGCCACAGUCUCUACCUGAAUGACCCGCUCUGCAGACCCCAGGUUUCCAGCUAUCAGGUGGUCUUCAGUUUUCCCAUAAACACUUGUGGCAACGUUCGGAAGUUUCAGAAUGGCAGAGUUGUGUACACCAACACUGUUCGUGCCUACACCACCAACUCUGGAGAGAUCACACGCCAGUCUCACUUGAAGCUGAACGUGGGCUGUCGAAUGGAGCAGGACUCAGUGGCCCAGAUUAUGUACCUUGUCCAUCAUCGUGAUAACAGCAGCAUUACAGGCACAGGCAGAUUCAAUACCAGCAUGGACUUCUACACAUCCAGCAGCUUCUACUAUAAGGUGACUCAAGUUCCAUACGAGGUGACACUCAACCAGAACCUGUAUGUCCAAGUGGACCUAAGGAGGGGUGACAACACCCUGGUCCUCUAUCUUGACACGUGUGUGGCCUCACCAUCACCCCAUGAUUUCCAGUCCAGAGCUUACUACCUCGUCCGUAACGGAUGUCCCGUGGACAACACCUACCAGGCCUACAUCACUGGCACCCGUGCCUAUGCCCGUUUCACAUUUAAGGCCUUCCAGUUUCUGCGAGCCACAGAGUCAGUGUACGUCCAGUGCAAGGUCCUGAUAUGCCCAGCCUCGGACUACAAUUCCCGCUGCCGCCGUGGCUGCCAAAAACGUAUGGCCAGAGACCUGGGGUCAGAACACGACAGCCAAACUCUGGUCCUGGGCCCCAUCCAACUCAAAGACCCUGAGAAAAAGGAAGAAGAGACUCAGGAGCAGGUCAAGGCCUAACCUGAUGCUGCAAUGAGCUUCUACAAUCAUCCUUACCAAUCAUUACAGCUCUUGCCAUGCUGUUCAUUGUGACACUGAAUUAUUCUCAUUUCUUUU